AUGCGCGCCCCGACGCCGCUGCUGCUGCUGCUGCUCCCGCUGCUCGUCCUCGCCGCCCGCGCGCGCCCCGGGCCCAACUUCCUGCUCAUCAUGGCCGACGACCUCGGCAUCGGCGACCCCGGCUGCUACGGGAACCGCACGCUCAGGACGCCGCACAUCGACCGCCUGGCCCGCGAGGGCGCGAAGCUGACGCAGCACCUGGCGGCCUCCCCGCUGUGCACGCCGAGCCGUGCGGCCUUCCUCACCGGACGCUACCCCGUGCGCUCAGGCAUGGCCUCGCGCAACCGCGUGGGCGUCUUCCUCUUCUCCGCGUCCUCCGGGGGCCUCCCGCCCGGCGAGGUCACCUUCGCGCGGCUGCUCAAGGGGCGCGGCUACGCCACGGCCUUCGUCGGCAAGUGGCACCUGGGCCUGAGCUGCCGGCACCGCAGCGACUUCUGCCACCACCCGCUGCGCCACGGCUUCGACCGCUUCCUGGGCACGCCCACCACGCACCUGCGCGACUGCCGUCCGGGCGGGGGCACGGUGUUCGGGCCGGCGCUGCGGCUGCUCGUGUGGGGGCCGCUGGGCGCGCUGGGCGCGGGGCUGGCCUCGCUGUGGGCGGCGCGGCGGGCGGGGCUGGCGCGGGUGCCGGCGUGGGCGCUGUGGGCGCUGGCGGGCGCCAUGGGCGCGGUGGGCGUCGGCCACGCCGGCUUCCGCCUCUACUUCCGCCCGGCCAACUGCUUCCUCAUGGCCGACCUCGCCGUCGCCCAGCAGCCCACGGACUACGCCGCGCUCACGCGCACGCUCGCCCGGGCCGCCGUCGACUUCCUGCGCGGGCACGCGGACGCGCCCUUCCUGCUCGUGCUCUCCUUCCUCCACGUCCACACCGCGCACUUCGCCGGCCCCGACUUCCGCGGGCGGAGCCUGCACGGCGCCUACGGCGACAGCGUGGAGGAGAUGGACUGGGGCGUCGGCCGCGUCCUGGCCGCGCUGGACGAGCUCGGCCUCGCGAACGACACGUUCGUCUACUUCACGUCCGACCACGGGGCCCACGUGGAGGAGGCGGGGCCGCGCGGCGAGCGUCACGGCGGCAGCAACGGCGUCUUCCGGGGCGGCAAGGCCAACAACUGGGAGGGCGGCGUGCGCGUGCCGGGCCUCGUGCGCUGGCCCCGCGCUGUCCCGCGCGGCCUGGAGGUCGGCGACCCCACGAGCAACAUGGACGUCUUCCCGACCGUGGCGCGGCUGGCGGGGGCGGAGCUGCCGCGGGACAGGGUGAUCGACGGGCGCGACCUGACGCCGCUGCUGACGGGACGGACGCGGCGCUCGCAGCACGACUUCCUGUUCCACUACUGCAACGCCUUCCUGCAGGCCGUGCGCUGGCGCGACGGCCCGCACGUGUGGAAGGCCUUCUUCUUCACGCCCGUCUUCGAGCCGCCGGGCGCCAACGGCUGCCACGCGUCGCACGUGUGCGCGUGCUCGGGGCCGGGGGUGACGCGGCACGACCCCCCGCUGCUCUACGACGUCGCGCGCGACCCCGGCGAGGCCCGGCCGCUGACGCCCGAGACGGAGCCGCGUCACGCCGAGGUCCUGGCCGUCGUGGCCGCCGCCGCCCGCGCGCACGCCGCCGGCGUGGACCCCGCGCCCGACCAGCUGUCGGCGGCCAACCUCGUGUGGAAGCCGUGGCUGCAGCUGUGCUGCGCGUCCCGGCCCCACGCGCUCGCCUGCCACUGCGCGGGCGACGCCCGGUGA